GCAGAAGGAUAUCUUUCUGCGCUUUGACCUUCUGCCGAUUUUCAAUUUUCAUCUUAUUUUUCUGAUGGCUGUAUUCUAAAAUUGUUAUAUUUUUUAAAUUAAAAAAUGUUUAGAGCUAGAAAUAUAAUAUCUCAAUGCGUUCGUAACAAUACUAAUCGAAUUAAUGCGAAUUUAUAUCAUGUAAGAAAACAACGAUUUGUAUUUUCUUCUUUUAGGUUGCAACAUUCAAACUUUAGUUCAGAUACUGCACAUAUUCAAAAUCAUCUGAGAAGUAAAAAUUCUUUUUUGUGUAGUGUAAGAAAUUUCUGUUCUGGUAAUGACUUGCCACCACAUCAUCGUGUACCUCUGCCAGCCCUUUCUCCUACUAUGGAAAUGGGAACUAUUGUUUCAUGGGAAAAGAAAGAAGGUGACAAAUUAAAUGAGGGUGAUCUGUUAGCAGAAAUUGAAACUGAUAAAGCCACUAUGGGCUUUGAAACUCCAGAAGAAGGUUACCUGGCCAAAAUUCUGGUGCCUGCUGGCUCUAAAGAUGUGCCAUUGGGUAAACUUCUGUGUAUCAUAGUCACAAAUGAAGGAGAUGUAGUAAAGUUUAAAGAUUUUGUGGAUACUGGGGAAUCAGUGAAACCUGUGACUGCCAAACCACCUGCUGCUCCUCCAGCACCUCCUCCUGCACCAUCUCUUAUUCCAUCAACUCCUCCUCCUUCUUCUGCCCCUCCUUCUCAGCCAAUAUUAGGAACCCAAACUGGAGCCCAACGGAUAUUUGCAAGUCCCUUUGCAAAAACUCUAGCUACUGAAAAAGGUCUGGAUUUAUCUAGUGUUCAAGGCUCAGGACCUGGAGGUCGUAUAAGGGCUCAAGAUUUAGCUGGUGCUAUGCCAACUACUGCAGCUGCUCCUGUUGUGUCAUCUGCUCCCUUUGUGGAUAUACCUAUGACUAAUAUGCGACAGGUUAUAGCUCGGCGGUUGUUACAGUCAAAGCAGACUAUUCCCCAUUAUUAUCUUUCUGUAGAUAUUAAAAUGGAUAGGAUAUUACGGUUAAGAAUGGAUUUGAAUGACAUGUUAAGCAAAGAUGGAAUAAAAUUAUCAGUGAACGAUUUUAUUGUGAAAGCAGCUGCCUUAGCAUGCAAGAAGGUUCCUGCUGUGAAUUCAUCAUGGCAAGAGACUUUUAUCAGACAGUAUAACAGUGUUGAUGUGAGUGUUGCAGUUAGCACAGAUGCUGGCCUUAUCACCCCAAUAGUUUUUAAUGCUGAUACUAAGGGGUUAUCUGCUAUAAGUUCAGAUACAAAAACAUUAGCUACCAAAGCUAGAGAAGGCAAACUGAGGCCAGAAGAAUUCCAGGUAAUAUAAAUCAUUAUUAUUUAAAUUAACA